CUUAAAUGUCAAAGCAGCCUAAGGAGGGAAUGGUUCAUGCAGACCAAAAACAAGAACCGAUCAACACCCAACGCGAAGGGAAGUGUUUCAAUAACGUGGACUCUAGCAAAGAAGCCAGAAAAGUUCCUCCUAAAGAUAAUAAGGAUUAUUAUUCUUAUUUGAAUACUUGUCAGAUUGAUUACCUGGCGCGUCUAUCAAAGGCAGUUGGAUUUAUCAUUAGAAUGCCUGUUGAAAAUGGAUAUUUGUCUGAGGGAAAAAUACAGAAUGCCGUGAAGCAAAUUUUGCAUGCGCUGUCCGUCAUUCGGUCCGGCUUGGAAAGGGGCAUAUCAAGCAUUAAAAAGAUCGGCAAGGAAGAAAUUGAGAUUAUCAAAGAAGUUAUCUUUGACUUGGCUGAUGAGUGCUUACUUCUGAAAUCAUCUGUCAUUCAUAAAAUAUCAAGUUAGUGGUAACGUCCCAGUUACCAGAUUUAAUCUCGCCCAAUAACAAAUAUUCUGGUUUCGACAUUGCUCUUAAACUUAUGAAUGAUGUUCUAUCAGCCAUGCGCACGUUCAUUGCUGCUGCAUCCAGCACUACUCUUAAUUAUGACGAUGUUGAUAGUACACCGUGUUUACCUCCAGAAGAUGGCUCACCAGAAGACAGCAAAGCUGCAUUUGCAAAAUAUAAAAUUCCAUAUAGAGGAAACCAGAUAUCAUUAUUGGAGGCAGUUGAAAAACUUAGAGCUUCUUUGAAGAACGGAAAGUUAUAUUGUCCUAAAACAUUUGCUAUGGACAACGAGGAUGUUAUCAAUGGAUUACUUGAUGUUGGUUUAUUUUCAAGUUCAACCAAAUACUCGUUGAACGAAAUCUGUUCUUAUGUAAUCUCGGGCAUACCAGACAGUGGUCACAAAAAAAGUGUAACAUUCGGCAAAUUAAAGAAACUUUUUAGAUGUUCUUUUAGAAGGCAUCAGAUUUUUCCGUGUGACCAACUCUGUUUUAAAGACCUGGCCACUAAAAUUUCUAACUCUGCUAUUGAGUUAGAGCCGGGUGAAGAAGUGGAACGUCUGUGGAACCAAGAAAUUUCCCUGUCGUUCAAGGCACUGGUUACUUCUCAGUUCCAAUAUAUUAGUAAGGCAACUGAAAAUGAGGAGUCCCGAUUGACAUGGCUCAAGAAAUUCAUCGACUUGUUAAUGACUAAGAAACAGUUGUGGCCAGUAGGAACAAUGACUGCUGCAUUCCUUAAAAUUAAAGCUUCUGAGUGGCUAGAAGUCAUCAAGUCUAACCCAACGGCAGCUAAUGUUUUACAUGAUUUUCAAACACCUGAGUUCACAAAGCAAGAGCUCUCACGUGUAAAGUAUUACACAGAUUUAGACACUCCUCAAAACACUAAGAGUCCAGAAGACGAUGUUCGUUUUGACACAUUUCCAAAGAAAUUGUCCCCUAACAUAGCUGUCGGCAGUGAUGACACAAAUUCUUGCAAGACUACAGUGGACCAACCCAGAACUUCAUUUCCACAUAUACAUACCAGUCGUUUGGAAUUGCAUGGCCCCAGAUCCUCGACCACCAGAAUAUCUCGCCACAGAAGUGACGACAGUGUUGUUGGAUCUGAAAGUAAAGAUCAUGAGUAUGAACCACAUUGUUCAUCUAGUAGAAAAGGAUUGUUUCGUCAUCGUAGUGAAGAAAGCUAUGUGAAAGGCCAUGAUCAUCACAAAAAUCAGUAUUCUGAGUCACCCAACUCAAGAUCAGUCUGUAGCAGGAAAACGUCCUCUCGGCAUAGGAGUGACGAGAGUCUUGCUGAUCAGAAAAGUGCAUCAGUGAAAUCUCCCCAACGGAAGAGGUACAGUAAUGAGUAUCUUUCUGAGCAGCACAGAUCAACAAAACGUCCCAAAUUGGAUGACAGGUUUUUUGUCAAAAAGAUGACCGACUACGAUCAAAAACUUCAAAGUUUUCAGAUAUGGGAUCCUCUAAGAAAUGUAACAGAGGCUAAAUUUCAAGAUAUCUUCAAAACGAAGGAAGAAACUGUCAUUAACAAUGAGCAAGCAUCUGUUGGUACAUCUUCGGUUACUCUAGACAGCAAUAAGACAUUGGAUGAAUGCGAAGAAAAAGGCUUGAUUAAUAUUGAGGAUAUUCCGCUUCCAAAGGAGGAUGUUUCAACGAGUGGCAUUGAUCAAAAACCAAAAAUCUCAGAUAACAAUGAACAGCAGUUUAAAUGCAAACUCGGCGAAAUCGUUAAUUUGUGUGGGUUGACCGAGAAGAAAGGAGGGCAUCUACGACUACAAGAAAGGUAUGGGGAAAUGAAAGUUAAAACGGAAGAACUUGGUGCAGAAAGAGUGUCUGUUAUUGUAACUAUUCAAGGAUACACUUUCGAAGGAAUUGCUACUUCCCGGGAGAAUGCUGUCGAGGAGGCGUCAAAUAAAGCUCUCCUCCUUGCCCCGUUCAUCCUGCAGCAAACUUCAAAUUUGCUAUCGGAGGAGACUUAAUUCAUAGGCCAUGAAUAUGAUAGUAUUUUGUGUGGUUGCAGAGCUAGCUAAGCUUUGGAGAUUUCAGCAUCAGCUUUCGAAGUUCGACUUAGUUUCCUUAGAAGUCCAAUUUGGUAUUUACAUGCCAGUAUUUGUAUGCACAUUGGCUGAGUGCACAGAUUUGUUUUAGUAUGUACUGUGUUGAGGUGUUUAACAAUAUAUAAUAUAUGAUACUUAAUAAGUAAUAAUAAUGACUUAAUUAAUAAGUAAUGAUAAUUACGCCAUGAUUUUUAUAUUUUAUUAAUUGUUUAAAUAAAACAUACCAACGUUUUAUGAAUAUAAUUUGCCUGGGCCUUACUCUUUCGGUAAGAUUUAAGUUAUGAUGACCUUUUUAAGUAUGUUUAAUAAUUUGUAAAAUAUCAUGUACUAUUGAAUUCCUAGCAAAAAAGUAGAUUAUUAUACCUUCUACCAAAUCCAAUGCAUCUUACAUUUCUUCAGAU